AUGAAAACAGUCUAUCGUACUUUAAUAAAACGUCAUCAAAUAUCAUCCUUAUUUGUUUCAAAACGUUUAAUCACAAAUACCAAGCAGCCAACACUCUAUGAAACUCUGAAAGUUGAAGAAAUAAGUCGUGAUGUCUUUGAACAGCCUACUGCAACAUUGCACGUUUUACCCGGUCGUCAUUCCGUAUUUGGUGGACAAAUUAUCGGUUCAUCAAUGUAUGCAGCACAAAAAACUUUAACCAAAAACUAUCCUCUUCAUAGUUUACAUUCAUAUUUUCUCAUGGCGGCCGAUAAUUCUCAGCCAAUUUAUUAUCAAGUCACUCGUUUACGUGAUGGAAAAUCAUUUGAAACACGAAGUGUUACUGCUCGUCAAGGUGAUCAUACAAUAUUUCAAUGUGAAAUGUCAUUUCAUCGUCAAGAACAUUCUCAAAUGGAACAUCAACCACUGAUGCCAGAGAUAGACUGUAAAUCACCCGAACAGUUAUUAUCGAUGUACGAAGUGAUACAAAAUUUAUUAGUUGAUAAACGACUAAAACCAGAAUUAAAACUGCUUAUUGAACUGGCUCUACAAACGCCAUUACCACUUGAUAUUCGAUAUUGUACACAACGUGAUUUUCUUCAACCAGAACCAAUUUAUCCAGCUAGACAAUUAGUAUGGAUGAAAUCGUUGGAGUCAUUACCAGAUGAUCCUCACUUACAUCGUGCUGCUGUUGCAUAUGCAAGCGAUUGGGUAUUAUUAACAACUGCAUACUUACCAUAUGGUAUUAAUAAUUAUCAUCCACGUAUUAAAAUGCAAGCGAGUCUUGAUCAUGUCAUGUAUUUUCAUGAUGAUUUUUCCUUUAAUGGACAAUUAAAUCAAGAAUCCACACUAUCAAAACCCAUUCGUCGUAGUCCAUUAAUACCAAAAAUGCCACCAAAAGUAACAGUGAGAGCUGACGAUUGGCUACUAUAUGAAAUAAUAUCACCGAUUGCUGUCAAUAACAGAGCAUUAACUUUUGGUAGAAUAUGGACAAGAAAUGGACGAUUAGUAGUGUCAUGUAUUCAAGAAGGAGUCAUACGUUUUACAUAA